AUGGCUUCCGAAUGGGAGGUUGUUGGCAAACAGAAGAAACCCCGUAAACAGACGGGCGGUGACAAAAAAACGCAAUCCCAGAAUGCAUCGGAGAGUGCUCCAAAAAUAGAAGAUACGGUUGACAUGGAUGAAAUUUGCUCCCUGUACACCGAUGUGAAGGACGAUCUGCUUGCAAAAUUUAACGGCCUAAAGGAUGCGAACGGGAAGGCCGACCCGAAAAAGACUGUGCCCGUUAAUGGUAAGCGGACGGAAACACCUGUACGUGAGCAGCAACAGGGCGGUGGUAACAAAAGCAAUCAGAAGGAACCAGAACCCGCCAAACAAACGGCUCCAUCGAAGCCAACCUACAGGAAUUUGGAUGCUGCCUUACGUGCGAUCAGUGCCCCCGAUCUGCACUCCCAGCUUACGGCCGUGAACGUGAGCUUCAAGGACAAUCAUUUGAUGCUGUUGAAGGCACUCACUGGAAUACUGAACGAUAAGCUGCGCGUGGACGAAACGGAUCCCCUGUACACCAACAAACCGGCAAGCUAUCCGUACAAAUCGAUACCCCAAUCGUUGCGCGAUGUCAUCGACGACUGCAUUGCAAAGGCAAACGAGGAGAAUGGGAAAUAUUUCUACGACCUUACGCUAUCCAAUUUGGCCAGUGAUAUGAACAAGGGUUUACCCUAUCUGGGCCAUAAGUUAGUACUGCAAGCCAUAGCAGUGCAUUAUCCAGCGGCCUGCGUCAACAAUCUGGCGCGCAAUGCAAUCCUGCGAAAUUCGUACCAGAAUCGUACGAAUAUCGGGCUUAACUUGCUGUGGGCUUUAGGCCAGGGCGGGUACAACGAUUUGGACGUGGGUUUAAAGGUGUGGCAGGACAUCAUGGUGCCGGUGAUGGAGCUGAAAAACUACAACCGCUUCACGUGUGAUUAUGUACAGCGAAUCCUAAAGCUGCAUCGUUCACAUAGACUGAAUCUUGGCGGCAGCGAGUUCCUCACCAUUCUCAGCUCACUGACGACGCAACCGAAAGCGUACCGGGAGCUGGAUGAAGCCGCCCAACUGCUGGUCGAGCGGUACGUGUUUAGCGCACCGAAAGCAUCGGCCACCUUCGCUAUGCUGUUCAAGAACAUCUCCUUUAUCACUCGUCCGGAAAUGAUUUACUACGGGCUAGCGCUGUGCCUUUUGGAAGAUCCCGAAAGUGCUUCCGUUUGGUUGGGUCUUUAUCGAAACAAUGUGGAAACGUCGCUCGCAAUACUGAGCUACCUAAAUACUGCGAAUCAGAAAUUUUGUAGUAAACUAUUAGGCGAGGAUCACUUUAUAAGGUUUUUAUCGGACGUGGAAAAGCUGAAUGAAGAUCUAUUACAGUCAAAGAAGAAAACGGAAGGACUAAAAUCCGUUACGAGUAUACUUAAGGAAAUUCAGGGCAAAUCGAAGAAGAAGCAAUCGUCCAAAGCGAACAGUAAAUCUUCUUCCUCGGUGACGUCCGUCCUAUGCAGCUUCCUGCUGGCCACAUUCCUGCUGUUCGGUGUUACAGGCGCACUCAUAGGCUAUGACACGUACCGGGCCGGCGGCAAGUUCGAGGCUUCGUUCACCGGCCAAACGCUGAAGCAGGCCGGACUGUUGCCAGCCGUACAGGAUGCAUGGACCUGCACGAUGAAGUACAGUGCCCGGGGCUACAAGUGGGCCGAAGCGAAUGUACCGGUGUACUAUCAGGCUACCAGCAAGGCCCUUGGACCAUACGUAGAAUUUUCGAUAGACUUUGGUAAAGUUCUCUGGAAUGGUACGAAAAAGGGGUUCGCCAAUGCUAAGCUGCUGGUCGAACAGAAGCUACCAGUGGUAGCCGAUUUUAUCGAACAGUAUGCACCGGGACUGCCCAAGAAGAUCGGUGAUGCAUCAUGCGCAUUCUGUGACACCGUGUGCACUUUCGCGUCCAAUGCGUACAAGCACACGUACGAGUUCUUCAAAACACAGGUGUUUGUUGGGAAACUUUCCAUGGAAAGCUUGGGAAAAGCCUUCAACAGUACCCAACAGGCUGCUGCUCUGUACUAUAGUUGGUUCAACGAUCAGGUUGAUUUCUAUGCCAAACUCAAGUAGAACGACC